AUGGGCAAGAAGAAGAAGAUGAACGACAACUGGCUGGAUGUCAAUCAAUCUCGUGCUCUCUUGAUGCUGGCCAAGAUUAGAUUACAGCAAGGUAAUCAACGUAUUGCGGCUCAACUGUCAUGUUCACGACCCUACAAAUCGGUAACGGCUAUAGUUCAUGAGGUCAUGCCUUGUGUCAUGGCUUGGAAAUCGCUAAGACAUCGGAUCGAACCAGCUCGGGCUUAUGUUCAACCAUUGGGAAAUAUCUUUAGUUCACUAGUGUCAUGUGGCUUGCAUGUGGCCACUCAAAAAUGGAUAGCUUGAUCCACACAACUAUUGAAUGUGGUCAAUGUCAAUGGUGAGCUAAGAGCCACAUUAAACUCCAUACACAAACUCAAAUGGAUCAUUGGCAAAAAGAAAAUGACGAACACGAAGACGAAAGAGGAGAAGAAUGAGAGGAAUAAGGCUGUUUAGAAGGCAACAUCAUAAAAGAGUGGCCAAUAAGAAGACGGCAAAUCCGAUUACAACUGGCAGCAGCAAUUAGAUCUAUAAAUAGGAUACAACUCCACCGAUCGCCACCGAGCGCCCUCCCUCCGCGCCGUCAGACCAUUCAUUUUCUUUGCAAUUCAUUUAUAUGUAUGUAUCAAUAAUUAAAUGAAGUCUUAA